AUGGAGCAGUUCGUGUCAACUUUCAGCGCCUCUGGUCGACCAGCAAAGGAAACGUGCAAGCAGUGUAGAUUUCGCAAGGUUCGUUGCGACGGGCGACAUGGCGACAAAGGUUGUGGAGACUGCGAAAGGUUAAAGUUCGCCUGCUCAUUUGUCGUGGGCGAGCCAACCACGCCGACGACAGUCUAUGGAUUUGCAGACAGCAGCACCUCCCUGCCAAGCCCAGCACUCGAGGCAGGGAGGAUUGUGGAGCGGAGGAGGAACAGCAAGGCGUGCUCCAACUGCAGACAGCAAAAGGUGCGCUGCUCUGGAGGCGCGCCAUGUCUAGCUUGCAGGAAGAGAUGCCUCCCUUGUGUGUAUGGCGCCGACGGGAGACGGACCAGCCGAGCUGUCACGGGCAGCGCUGCGGGCACACCGACAGAGUCGACGUUCUCGAGCCAAACUGGCGAGACUUCAGGCGCGGACGACACCUCAGCAACCUCACCGACAUCGCCAGCGACCACGAACUCAGAGCCAGUUCUCUCCCUCCACACCGAGACUGUACUCGUGGAGUUUUACUUCAACAAUAUAUAUCCCCUCCCCUCCUACGCCUUCCUACACCCCUCGACAACGAUCAGGCUCUGCAGCGAGGGCAAUCUAGACACAUGUCUCGCGUACGCCAUUUCGGCUGUCGCCAGCCACCACACGGGCCCGCCACAAGCCCGCAGCGAUCUCGAGCUGGACUGGAUCCAGCGCACCGAGGACUCGAUAUGGAAACACCUCGAGUCGCCCAGCCUCGCCCGCCUGCAGGCCCUGCUCCUCGUCGUCCUCUACCGUGUGGAGACGGGCGCUUAUCAGCGCGCCUUUAUGCUCUCCUCGAUCGCAGCCAGGGCGGCGGCAGCCAUGAGGCUGAACUGCGAACGAGCAGCAGCGCCACAGGACAACGAGGGUAGGAUCUCUCAGGAGACUAGGCGGCGCUUGAUGUGGAGUUUGAAAUUGGUCGAGCGGUAUUUCUGCAUGGGUUUGCCAGAGUUUGAGUUGUGUCCCGUGGACAGCAUUUACUUGGAACUGCCAUGCCCCGAGGAGCAGUUCAGCAGCAUUACUCACCUUGGAGACACAGGAGCUGGGCUUGGUGCUGGGGCAAUCGAGAGGGACUUGCGCUCGUCUGACUACGGAGCAUAUCAUUUAUGCGUCAAGAUCGAGAUGUUGCGACGGGACGUUGUGAAGCUGACCAGGUCGCUCUCCGUUUACGAUGCGAGUUUCCCCCAGAUGGCUUCGGUGAUGCGCGACUUCGAACAGCACCUCGAGCGUGUCGGCAGCGAUCUUCCAGGUGGCCCGGCGCUCACCGCAGACCACAUCUCGCAACUCGUCGGUACACCAUGGCUUGCAAGACGCAUCCUCGUUCACCUAUCGUUUCACCAAUGUUACUGCGAUCUCUAUCGCAUUCUACUAAGAGGCUAUCGCGAGGCCGCACCCGCCGUGGUCCUCGACGCCAUGGACCAAAACCUCCUCGCCAAGGCAGAACGGCUCUGUCUACAACAUGCAACGGCUAUCGUCGACAUCCUCGCCACUCUCAAUCAGCAAAGCCAGCGCGCACAGCUCUUGGAGUUCGACACAGCUAUUUGUGGAUACCACGCCGUGCGCGUCCUUCUCUUCAUCUCCCAGUUCAGCCGACUGACCACGAGGCCGAGCGAGGAGUGGGUGAUCAGCCGCGCCGAGCUGUGCAUGGCUAGUCUGCGGCGGUUCUUCCCCACUUCGAAGCUGGUCAAGCCCAUCCUGGAGGAG